AUGUUCUUACCUCGCCUGCAAAUAUGUCACACACCUGGUGGAUCGGUUACUGUGGAUGAACAACUUAUUCCAACUCGUGAUCGAUGCAAUUUCCCCCAAUACAUUCCUAGCAAGCCCGAAAAAUAUGGUUUGAAGAUAUUUUGGUGCUGCCACUCAGUUACAGCAUACCCAUUGAAUAGUGAAGUCUAUCUUGGACGUCAACUUGAAGCAGCAUCUGCAGCUGAAGAUAAGAAUCGUAUUUGUAAUCUGGUGAAGCGGCUGGUGCAUCCUUGGAUCAAUGCCGGAAGAACCAACACUACAGAUAAUUAUUUUACUAGUACCGAAUUGGUAGAAGAUCUUUUAUGUGUUCAAACAACUCUUGUUGGAAAUAUUCGACGAAACAGGCAAGAAAUUCCACGAGAACUGCAGCCUGAUCCUCGUCGUCCUGAACAAUCAUCGAUAUUCUGUUUCGAUCGGCAACUAAUAUUGGUUAGCUAUGUACCAAAAAAGAGACAUGCUGUGAUCUUACUGUCAUCUUUUCAUCAUGACGUGUCUAUCGACUUUGAGCGAAAAAAGAAGCCAGAAAUUAUCUUAUACUACAACGAAACAAAAGGUGGAGUCGAUCGAAUGGAUCAGAUGGUGGAGACAUAUUCUUGCAAACGGACAACAAAACCAUGGCCAAUGACCUUUUUCUUCAAUAUAGUUGAUGUUGGUGCUAUUGCUGCCUUUAUAAUAUGGACGACCAAAAACCCUUCAUGGAAUGAAAAGAAACGACACCAUCGGCGUCUAUUUUUAAUGCAGUUGGGUUAUGAUCUUGUUGAACCUCACAUAGAUCGACGACAACAACAACCACAAGCACGUCAAAGAGACGUUCGAAUGGCUAUGCAAGCAAUUGGACAAACAAUUACUACUUCACAGCCUGAUACGGUUUCAUCAACUAGUUAG